GUGAGGAAUUUCUUUCACACCCAGGACUUUGGAGGGGUCAGAGACAGCAUUCCAUGCACUGAAGCAUAACACCGAUGCUCUCCUGCUGCUCUGUGAGGAUGUUCCUGUUUGCCAUGGGUUUUCUGCUAGCCAUCCUUCAGCCGUCCACUGGGCAGUUCCCCAGAGCCUGUGCAAACACAGAGAGCUUGCUGAGGAAGGAGUGCUGUCCCCCCUGGGAUGGAGACGGGUCCCCUUGCGGGGAGCUUUCCAGCAGAGGGUUCUGCCAGAACAUUCUUCUCUCUCAGGCUCCACUGGGACCACAGUUCCCUUUCUCAGGAGUGGAUGACAGAGAGGAUUGGCCCUCUGUGUUUUACAACAGGACAUGUAAAUGUGAAGGCAACUUCAUGGGAUUCAACUGUGGGGAGUGCAAGUUUGGUUUCUCAGGACUCAACUGCACUGAAAGGCAACUGAGAACAAGAAGAAACAUCUUCCAGCUCACUACCAGUGAGAAGAACAGGUUUCUUGCCUACCUUAACUUGGCAAAGAACACUCCCAGCCAGGACUAUGUUAUUGCUACUGGCACAUAUAUUCAAAUGAACAAUGGCUCCAACCCCACGUUCAGAAACAUCAACGUGUAUGAUCUCUUUGUGUGGAUGCAUUAUUAUGCAUCUCGAGACACACUCUUAGGUGGAUCUAAUGUGUGGCGGGACAUUGAUUUUGCCCAUGAAGCCCCUGGCUUUCUGCCUUGGCAUCGUGCCUUCCUGUUGUUGUGGGAACGUGAGAUCCAGAAGAUAACAGGUGAUGAGAACUUCACUAUCCCCUAUUGGGACUGGAGAGAUGCAGAGGACUGUGUUGUCUGCACUGAUGAAUACAUGGGUGGCAGACAUCCCACCAACCCUAAUUUACUCAGCCCAGCAUCAUUUUUCUCCUCGUGGCAGGUAAUUUGUACUCGGUCUGAAGAGUACAACAGCCGUGAGGCUUUAUGCAAUGCCACAAGUGAGGGGCCUAUCCUGCGAAAUCCUGGGAACAACGAUAAAUCAAGGACCCCAAGGCUCCCAUCCUCAGCUGAAGUUGAAUUCUGCUUAUCACUGACUCAGUAUGAAUCUGGAUCCAUGGAUAAAAUGGCCAAUUACAGUUUCCGAAACACUUUGGAAGGCUUUGCUGAUCCACGGACUGCAAUAUCAAACAUAUCUCAAAGCGGUUUGCAUAAUGCACUCCACAUAUACAUGAAUGGCUCCAUGUCCCAAGUACAAGGUUCUGCAAAUGAUCCUAUCUUUGUACUACACCAUGCAUUUGUUGACAG